GUUCACGGGAUUUCUUACCAAGUGGCAAGGGACUGACGCUCAUCAAUAUAAAUUUAAGUACUCUACGGUCCGGUUCCUAGACAUACUCCGCGAUUUCCCCGAGCUUUGGUUCAAGGUCUUUUAAGGUGCUCCCAUCAAGCGCUCCUUGACCUCCCGUUCUCACACCUUCUCCUCGACACUCACAGGCUUCAGCCAUCGCAAAAGUGACCCCGUCCUCGCAUGCCUGCUGUUGACGUAGCCGUCGACGCUUCUGCCGCGUCUGCGGGGUCGGUUUCGCUAUUUUCGACGGCAACGACGUACGAUGCCGUUUUGGGCACACUGUUGGCCGGGAAUGGAAACCUCGAGCAAGAUCUGGAAACACUGCAAGCAUGGAAGGAAGCUUUCGAGAGAAGUGGGCGCAAGAUGCUGAAGUGUACGUGUGUCAUCGCAAGUGCCCAUACGGAUGAGCAGUUCACGUGUUCGCCAACUCGGUAUUGACACAGCGAUUCGAAGCAGCGCGGGCCCGCUUGGAAGAGCUCGGGCGGCCUUCCGAAGAGCUCCAGCUCUUUCAUGGAACUGCCGAAGCUAAUUUUGAGUCGAUCUUACGAGAUGGCUUACACGUUGGCGGCACUCGCGGGAUCGAUAUUGGGAUUGGCUGCGCGUCCGGGGUGGGGAUCUAUCUUGUCGACUACGCGGCCGGUGCCAUGGGAUAUACCAAAGGGGCGAACAAGGUCUUUGGGUGCCGCGUGCUCCCUGGCAAGGUGACUGGCGACGUCGAGAAGGUUCGGAAGAUACCUAAUGUAGACCUGGGUGUCGGCGCAGAACGCUUCGACUCGUACUGCGGGCCUUACGAGAAAGGUAAACUGUACGUGGUGCGAUCUCCUGACCUCGUCUUGCCCUGCUACAUGAUCGAAUUUGAGGCACAGGAGCCGUUAUCGAAACAGCCGAGGCAUGGUGCGCCCCAGGCGCUAUACCCUAUGGUGCCGCCCAAUGGCGGCCCACAGCGUAAGGCGCCCCGCGCAACAGCUCGUGUAAGCAAGACUAAGACCAAGGCGAUGGCUGCGGGUCGGUCAUCGCGGACCGUUUCCUCCGAGGGCAAGUACGGUCCGAAGCCGGCCGCGUCACAGCCAACCCCUGAUGUCGCCAAACCGGCCAAGCGCAUUCGCAAGCAAUUCUCCUCUCAGGAUGAAGGCCAAGAAGCAGGCAAAUCAGCGCAGGAAGGCAUGAUAACGCGACGGAGAGCCGCCGCUCUCAGAGAACUCCAGGUUCAUCAAUAGACACGGUAUACAACCGCUGGCUGCUUUCCGCCAAUACCAUUCUGCCCAGGGGUCAGAUGGUGUCGUCCGGUGGUUCCCCUUAGCCGUGAUGACCCAUGCUGUUCUGGAUCUCGAAUUCUCCACGGGCUCAUCCUUCCGAGGUUCGAUCAGGAGUACCAUCGCCAACAUAUGAUCUGGGAGGCUUUGAUAAUAACGUCUUUGCACAAGCAUAGGCGGUAACCGGCGGGCAAAAGCACUUGAUUGGGAUGUCACAUGCGUUACAAAACGUCAUUUCAAUGGGCCGGUUACACGUUGACUCUUACCUUCAAUGUUGCACGUAUUCUCUGCUCUGAGCUUGCUCGAGCUGCACAUAAGAAGGCAGAGGGAUAUUCAUGGUCAUCCAUCUUCACGACUCUUGCUCUCCGUCAAUCAACCUUAGGAAAGGAGACAUUCACCCUGCUUCUUCGGUAUGCAACCCCAGGAAAGGCGACCUUCCAGGCCGCAUUCUGGAACUUCAACAGCCUCAACGGGCUCCGAUUUCCCACGAUUGCAUUUCUGUGACGGUCACACCUGGGAUCUAUAGGGGCCGUACCUUCUCCCUGCCGUGCGGCACUCACGCAAGAGUGCCCACCUAUUUAUUCAUCCAGUUGCCGGACCCGGGGCACGCCUCCUUUCUUCUCUCCCGACCGACCUUCGAUUGCUCUGUCUCGUCGCCAUGUCGAAAUCUUGGAGGGCUCGCGUACCAUUCCACCACAGCGAAAAGGAGAAGAACACGACUUCACACAUCGAGCGCACUUUCGAUAACGAUGGAUCGGACGGCACCAUGAUUAGUGACCACGUAAGCCUGUAUCCAAACAGAUGGGCGAAGUUCAGAUCAUACAUCCGGGAAUACGCUGCGGAAUUCUUGGCGACGAUGAUCAUGAUCAUCUUCGGGAACGGUGUGGACUGCCAGGUAGUUCUUUCGGGCAGCACCGCCGUAGCUUCCAGCCAGAAGGGUUCUUACCUGUCCAUUAGUUUCGGAUGGGCUUGCGGUGUCGCGCUUGGCGUCUGGGUCACCGGAGGUAUUUCUGGAGCACACUUGAACCCUGCUAUUACUAUCAUGCUCGCCACCUUCCGCGAUUUCCCUUGGCGAAAGGUCCCUGGGUACUGCCUCGCUCAGUUGCUCGGGGCUUGGGUCGGAGCCUUGGUCAUCUACGCGAACUAUUUUCAUGCUAUCGACCUCUUCGAGGGCGGCAAAGGGGUUCGUACCGUACCAGGCACAGCGUCUCUCUUUGCUACCUACGCUGCCGACUACAUGACCAGCGUAUCAUGCUUCUUCGAUGAGUUCAUCGGCACUGUCGUUCUGGUAAUCGUUGUUCUGGCCAUCUCCGACAAGACCAACGGUCCCCCGCCUCCGGGCCUCAACGCGCUCGUGCUCUUCAUUCUUAUCCUGGGUAUCGGCGCCGCACUUGGUAUGGAGACCGCAUAUGCCAUCAACCCCGCGCGUGAUCUCGGCCCACGAAUUAUGACUGCCAUGGUCGGCUAUGGAAAAGACGUUUUCACCUACCGCAACCAAUACUGGUUAUGGUGUCCCAUCAUCGCUCCCAUUGCCGGCGCACUCGUUGGUGCUGCCAUCUACGACGGCUUCAUCUUUGAGGGCUCAGAGAGCAUCGUCAACAGGCCUAACAAGGCAGCGCGGCUACACCACGAGCAUGCCCCCGCGGAAGAGCAACAGCUCCCUCCAGCAGGUGCCUACGCCGUCUAAAUCCGCAACGGCCGCAUGCUUCGCCCACCUUCGCAUAUCCUUCAUGUUACAUACUGGGGCUUGUGAGACCGGGACUGGACCGGAAAAAAAGACUGCGCGUAAGGCCCGCCGCCGUCAGCGAUGAUGUCUUUCCCCCCUUCACGUCAUGACGUACCACCAUGGACGCACGCUAUCGCACACAACAACACCACACGACAGAUAACGACCGUCAUUUUCGAGGGAAGAUUGUACUGCGCUGUCCUGUCAGUGUAUAUAGCUGUGCUUCUCCUCGCCGUGAUGUUUGUUGUUUCCACUAUCUUAUCCCUAUUCAUUCACGAAUCACGUCUAGCACAUACCUUGUAUCGUAUGAUAUAUAUCCAUAGCAGAGCGAUGUAAAUUCGCAUUGUAUU